AUGGUUCUUUCACGUAAUAAUCAAACCCAUAUCUUAGCGACUUCUGCCUCUAAUACAGGCAAGAAGACAGUAACAAAAACUCAUCCCUUAUCUUGGUCGAAAGUUGUCUCUGGACAAGUACGUACCACUCACUCCUUUCGGCCUGCCAUCCUAACCCCAGUUCCAACUGCAACAGUCGAGGAUACAGAUGAAGACCCUUCAUUGUCCACGGAACCAACAGUCGAAUUCAUCAAACCGUACUUGAAAGGCAUUGAAAAAAACUCUAUUCUCAUCGACAUUACUGACAUCAAAGAUGCUCAUAUGUUGCGAAAGGCACUUCAAGCCUUUAAUAAAGAUGCUGAUGAAGAAACCGGCUGCGACGACUACUGCGGUAGACUCCCUUCUACCCGUAGAUAUCUUAAACGCUCAUUUAUUGAAACUGCAUGGACAAAAGACUCACCUGGAUAUCAAGGCUCUAACCAUUACUCGGUCUGUCGAGAUCUUUUACGCAUCUCAGUUUUUUUUUUGUAAAGGCGCCCUGGAUACGCAGAAAAUGAUUGGAGUUAUGGGUUUACAGAUCGUUGGUAGAACAAUCACCUUUUAUAUCUUGGUAUUACCUUCAAGUGGUCUAUAUAUUAUGCAUGAACUUGCCAAAAUUAAGAUUCCAGAUUGCCUAAAUGAUUUACCAAAGCUGGUCACCGAUAUUUCAGACGUUUUGCUUGUACUUGACGUUUUUGAUCG